AUGGAGAUUGCCCUGGAAGCAAGCCUAAAUCAGAAGCAAGUUGAUGCUUUGUUAGAUCUCAUUGGCUGUGUUGCAAAAGGGGCUGCUUGGGUGACUCUCAAGAAUGAUGUCAAGUUUUGCAAAGCCUGUGAUGCUGCAGUGGCAGAGCUCACACUGUUCUCCAAACAUACAGUCGUUGCAGCAUAUAAGAAGGAAGUGCAGACAUAUGAGGUACAUGACCCAUCUGGGAAUGGGCACUUGACAUUUUGCCUCCACACUUCAUUUGGGAUGCACAAUGCUUGUUCAAGCAUGAUGGACAUGGGUGUGAAUGCUUCUAUGAUGAGCCCUGGAUGGUGUCACACACCAAAGGUGUUUGGUGAGGUGGACAUGGAUACAGCUGAUGAGUGGAGGUGGAGACCAUAG